AUGUGUGCAUGUCGCAUGCACACGUGUUCCCUCGCCAGAGUCCGUGUGGCGUUCCCCCUUUCCCAUGUAUCCCCCUAUAGCCCCACGGUACCCAAUGGGUGCUUGGGCCUUAGGCCUUCGUGGUAGUUGAAG